AUGUACGGACUUAUUGAAGUCUUUCUGACCUUCAACGUUCUUGCGGGAUCGGCGUUGGGGUCUCCGAAGAGCACUCGUACAGUUGAGCCAUGGCCGGAGGAGAUUUCGCACCUCGCAUUCAACGAAUCUUGGCCUCAGUUUGUCGAAAAGACCACCCGGUGGUCUACCUUCGAGGCCCCAACCUUCAACGAAGUCUUUCUCCCAGAGACGGUUGAGCAACUCUCAAAAGGCCUUGAAUAUCUAUCAAGCACCAAAAAGGCCUGGCUCGCUAAGUCCGGUGGACAUGGAUACUCCCCAACUCUCGGCGUCAUUCAGGAGGCUGUCAUGAUUAACAUGGAGAAUUUCGACAACGUUAUCAUGAAUCAAGACGAUACAGUCACCGUGGGUUCUGGCACGAAAUUCCGGGACCUGGUCAGCACUGUUGGUACUGCUGGAAGGGAACUCACUGUGGGGGCCUGCCCUUGCGUUGGCGUCAUGGGUGCUACGCUAGGCGGUGGACUGGGUCGACUUCAAGGCCUCUACGGCUUGACAAGUGAUGCCCUACAAUCCGCCCACGUAGUUCUCUGGAACGGAACAGUUGUCGAGGCUUCAGAGAACUCCAACUCUGAUCUGUUUUGGGGUCUGAGAGGAGCUGGCCACAACUUUGGCAUUGUUGUGGAUGCGACAUUUGCCACUUGGCCGGCUGCCAACGACGGCUUGCAGUACAAUGUCGACAUGAUCAUUGCCAGAGAUCACCUAGAGGAUAUGUUGAAAGUUACGAACAAUUUGCUGAAUGAGGAUUUGGAUCCUGCCUUGGCCAUAAUGAUUGCCUAUGGUUCUGACCCUCAAUCACUCAACCCCGUGAUCUUCGUGAACAUCGUUUACGCUGGUCCGAAAGAUGCUGCCCAGGCCAUAGUUGAUCUUUACUCAAACUUCAGUGUCAGCACCAACGAGCAAAUGGUUCCAUGGACAAACCUGACGUCGGUUGCCCUAGCUGGCAUCAUCGAGGAAGGAUGCGCAACUGGCAGUCGGGCAAAUCAAUAUAGCAUACUAACCAAGACGUUACACCAAGAAACAUUCGUCGACAUAUAUAACUCAUAUACGACAUUUGUAAAGGAAAACCCAGCGGCGAACAACAGCGUUGUAUUCAUCGAAACAUUCGGUCAACAAGGCGUCGACGCACUCGAUGACAACUACUCGGCGUUUCCUCAUCGGAAGUCAUUUGCUAACGCAGUUGUUUUCUCCAUGAGAUACUUCGAUGACCGGGUCGCGGAAGCUGCGAAGGCUUGGGGUUUGCGAUGGCGCAAUCAGGUUGCCGAGCCGGAGAUUUCGGGUUAUGAGGAGAUGCAUAUUUACCAGAACUAUGCCCACGGAGAUGAACCAAAGUCGGCUGUUUAUGGGUACGCGGAGUGGCGACACGAACGUCUCAGCGCCCUUAAGACGUCCUACGAUCCGCACAGCCAUUUCAACGGCUACCACAAUGUGCCGUCGAAACUCGCAGAUUGGAGUUGA